GGAGCGGAGCGGAGCGGAGCGGAGCGGCGAGGCGAGGCGAGGCGAGGCGAGGCGCGCACAGACUGCCCCGGCCGAGCGGCUCGCGGCGGCGCCCGUCGGGAGCGGCGCCGAGGGGAGGAUCGCAUCGCAUCGCGCAGUAAUUGGAUUUUCAAAGUUCUUUAAGCCCCCGAGUGCAAGACACGGCUCAGCCGGGCGCGGUGCUAAUCCGGUUAGCCGCAACCCAAAUCCCCGCCGUCGGGGCUCGGCAGCCGGGCGGGGAGCAGCCAGCGCCGCGCCGCCGCCGCCGCGUAACCCUGCGCGGAGCCGGCGAGAGACGUCGCCGCCGUUUGUGCCCGCGCGGAGCCUACUCCGGCGAGAGCGGCUCGGGAAACUUUCGCCGGGGAAGCGCCGCCGCCGCGCCGCCGGAGCCGAGGCAGCAGCCGCCGAGCCGCGCUCCGCCGCCGCCCUCCGGGCGCUGCCGAUGCCCCUGGGGCGCCGCGCCGCCCGGCUCUGAAGGCCUCCCCGGGCCCCCGGCGAUGCGGGCCGGAGGAGGAGCAGCUGCCGCCGGCGGCUGCCCCGUCCUGGGCCCGGCCGCCCUGCUGCUGGCCGCCCUGCUGGGGGCCCCCCCGGCGGGCGCGGCGGCCCACCAGUACCACGGCGAGAAGGGCAUCUCCGUGCCGGACCACGGCUUCUGCCAGCCCAUCUCCAUCCCGCUCUGCACGGAUAUCGCCUACAACCAGACCAUCCUGCCCAACCUGCUGGGCCACACCAACCAGGAGGACGCGGGGCUGGAGGUGCACCAGUUCUACCCGCUGGUCAAGGUGCAGUGCUCGGCCGAGCUCAAGUUCUUCCUCUGCUCCAUGUACGCGCCCGUGUGCACCGUGCUGGAGCAGGCCAUCCCGCCCUGCCGCUCCCUCUGCGAGCGGGCCCGCCAGGGCUGCGAGGCCCUCAUGAACAAGUUCGGCUUCCAGUGGCCGGAGCGGCUCCGCUGUGAGAACUUUCCCGUCCACGGCGCGGGUGAGAUCUGCGUGGGGCAGAACACAUCGGACGCCCCACCGGGGCCUGGAGGGGCUGCGGGCCGGGGGGCCACCGCCCACCCCACGGCUGGCUACCUCCCCGACUUCCUCACCCCGCCGCAGCCUGCCUCCGGCUUCUCCUUCUCCUGCCCCCGGCAGCUCAAGGUGCCCCCUUACUUGGGUUACCGGUUCCUGGGGGAACGGGACUGCGGAGCCCCCUGUGAGCCGUCACGGCCCAAUGGGCUCAUGUACUUCAAGGAGGCAGAGGUGCGAUUCGCCCGGCUGUGGGUGGGUGUCUGGUCCGUGCUCUGCUGCGCCUCCACCCUCUUCACUGUGCUCACCUACCUGGUGGACAUGCGCCGCUUCAGCUACCCCGAGCGGCCCAUCAUCUUCCUUUCGGGCUGCUACUUCAUGGUGGCGGUGGCCUACGCAGCAGGAUUCUUGCUGGAGGAGCGGGUGGUGUGCCUGGAGCGCUUCUCCGAGGACGGCUACCGCACCGUGGCCCAAGGCACCAAGAAAGAAGGCUGCACUAUUCUCUUCAUGAUCCUCUACUUCUUCGGCAUGGCUAGCUCCAUCUGGUGGGUCAUCCUGUCCCUCACCUGGUUCCUGGCUGCUGGCAUGAAGUGGGGCCAUGAGGCCAUCGAGGCCAACUCCCAGUACUUCCACCUGGCUGCCUGGGCUGUGCCCGCUGUCAAAACCAUCACCAUAUUGGCCAUGGGGCAGGUGGACGGGGAUGUGCUCAGUGGGGUGUGUUAUGUAGGUAUCUACAGUGUGGACUCGCUGCGAGGCUUCGUGCUGGCACCCUUGUUUGUGUACCUGUUCAUUGGCACUUCCUUCUUGCUUGCUGGCUUCGUGUCCCUGUUUCGCAUCCGCACCAUCAUGAAGCACGAUGGCACCAAGACGGAGAAACUGGAGAAGCUUAUGGUGCGCAUCGGGGUCUUCAGCGUCCUCUACACAGUACCUGCCACCAUUGUCCUGGCAUGUUAUUUCUAUGAGCAGGCGUUCCGUGGCACAUGGGAGAAGACGUGGCUCCUCCAGACCUGCAAAACCUAUGCUGUGCCAUGCCCCAGCCACUUUGCCCCCAUGAGCCCAGACUUCACAGUCUUCAUGAUCAAGUACCUCAUGACCAUGAUUGUUGGUAUCACAACUGGCUUUUGGAUCUGGUCUGGCAAAACCCUUCAGUCCUGGCGACGCUUCUACCAUAGACUGAGCACCGGCAGCAAAGGCGAGACAGCAGUAUGAGACCCUCCCACCCUCCCUGGCGCGCACACAUGCACACGCACACACGGAGGAGAGGGAUACUCAGCAGAAGGGAGGCAACAGCUCAGCUCCCUGAACACAGAGGAAGGGAGGCUUUUCAAAACUUUCCUUCUCCCAGAGGGUUUAAAAAAAAUCUUUGCAUAAGGGACCAGAUAUACCGUGUCCAAUGGUGCUCGUGCCCAACUAAGUGGAAGAGCACAGAAAGAGAGGCUGCUGCUGGGGUGGGAGAGUCCUUCACCUGCCAGAAGUCCCCUUUACCUCUCUCUCCCCCAAGGUCCUGUGCAGGAAAGCAAAACCAGCCCAACUAAAACCAUCCUGCCUCACUCCGGAUGAGCAGGAGGGGAAGCCUGAUGUGUCGAGCUGCCCCUGUCGAGAAGUAGCCAAACUCUGAAUUGCUUGGGGUCAAACUGCGGCCCGCAGGGCAGCUCCCAAGCCUUAGGUUACUGUCUCCACGUUUGAAGGAGUAACAAUCACUGAGAUUGCUGCAGGUAAAGUCAACAUACAGCUGGCUUCUGGGGACAGGAAGAAUACUUUUGGCUCAUGAUGGACCAAUUUGCUUGCUCCUCAGAUUCCCUGAACUGCAUUACAAUGACUCAUGGUGCAGGAGGGGCUGGGGGGGGACUGGGAUUUGGUUUUAAAAGAAAGGAGUUUUUGCAAGGGAGAAGCCUUUUCAUUUUAGCUAAAAUACAGCUGUUUAAGUUUCCAGUGGUCACGUCUUGGAAGGAAGGACACUGAGAAAUUAAUCAUUAAAUCCAUCGGUUUUGUUUUGAAAUGUGACAGAUUUUUCUAUUAAAUUUUUAUGUUGACUUUUUUUUUUAUUACAUACUACUCUACCUUUAUAUUCACUGAAGGGUUGUUUUUAUAAAUAUAUAUAUGUGUGUGUGUGUAUUCUUGCCUAAGGACAAAAUAGGAAACUCUGGAUUUUCAGCAAGUCUCCACCGUAUGGCUGCUCUUUUUUUUUUUUUUUUUUUUUUUUUGUGGGGGCGGGGUGGGGAGGGGGGAAUUGUCUGGAACUAAAAAAGAGGGGAAAAAAAAUGUUCUGUUCAGGGUGAGGGUGCAGACUGCUGGCUGAAGGCAUACCAGUAGUCUGGGUGUGAGCAAUGGGCCCAACAGCCAAAUCCUUCAGUAUAUCAGAUCUCAGACUUGCAGGGCUUGAGAUUUUGUCUUUUAUAAUGUGCAUGUGGAGAAAAAAGAAAAAAAAAAAAACACCUGUAAGACAAGUGCAGUAUGUAUAUUUUGUAAAUCUCAUUUUUUUUUUGUAAGAAAAUAUGUAUUUAUGUUUUUACUUGAUUUUUUUUGAAGGUCUGUAUGAGGCCCUGCUUCAUCCCAUGUACAGAUCACUAAAUAAAUGAUUUUUAAUA